UCUGGUAUUGUUACAGUGGCCACUGCGGUACAUUAUCGGUUCUAAAAAUCCAGUAUUUCGAGUAUUUUUUUGGCGUGCGAGCUGGUAUUGUACAGCGGCUGUGCAGUAGUUCAGAAGCUAGAUCUUUCGUGUCUUUUUUGGUUUCCCCUGAGCCAGGCUUCAGAGGAUUCUGUUUCAAAUAGUCAGCAGUAUGUAUGCAGUGUGCAUAUAAUUAUACAGUAUGUUAUGUUCCAUUUCCAUUUUUAACAUGGUUUACUGUUAUUCUGCAUCCUGUGGGCAAGACCUGUAAACCAGGGUCAGCCUUCUUCCAUUGCUGUAUGUUAAAUUGCUCCCUGCAGCGUCAUUGUAAAAAUGUCAUCUCUGUCAUCUCCCUCUUCUGCUUGAGACUAUGGCUCUCAUACAUUACACCACCACAUCAUUUCAUUCUCCGGGUCUUCAAGGUUAUCUUCAUUUCAUUCUUCAGGGUUUCGAUUUUCUGGGGUCUUCAAGGUCGUUUUCUUUUAGGGCCUUCAAGGCAUUUUUCUUGUCACUUCACUUGGGGUCUUAAAGGCCUUUUCUUUAGGGGUCUUCAAGGUCUUCAACUUCAAUUCUUGUCUGCUGAUGUGUAUGGUGUUUUUGGGAAGGACACUUGUCUGGGAUCCAAUCAGGAGAGGGAGAUGAGAGACUGAAGGCUCACACCGCAAGACUUAUGACUGGCCUCCGUUUCACACAGACCUAGGACAUCAUAAUUAUAGGCCAGCCUUGCAUGUGUUUUCUUCUGAUGUCCCUGAAUCGCUUGUUUCACUACCUCAGAGGUAACAUUACUGUGUGUUAACUUGCUCUGUACUUCCCUGCAGCUCCAUUGAGCCUCGUCGUAGGAACUGUCGAGUUCAC